AUGGUAGUAGCCCUGCCUACGCAUAGCAUCAGGAAAUUGCCCCAGACACCGGCAAAAUAUUUACAUAAAGAAGCUCUACAAUUGUUAAAACAACCCGAAGUCACCAGACAAGAGACACGGGACGAUUCCGAUACAAGUGGGUCAACAUCAGAAUCCGAAUCGAAUGAUUCGAAUAUUGAAGAUGAAGUACAAGAUUUUUGUUACUAGAAGUAAAUAAUAGAUAUUCAUUUUGUUGCAAAUUUUUUAUAAAAGAA